UUGUACACAAAAUUAUUGGGCAAUCAAACAGUUCAGCUACCAAAGUUAUUGAAGGAAAUCAAUCAAAAUGCCGCCAAAAGGAAGAAAGUCGUCGAAACGAACUACAAAGGAUAAGGAUGUUAACAAAAUGUCACAGGUUGAUCGCACCUUUUACGAGCUGCAGAUAACCGAUUUGAACCAGAAACUGAGUCGUCUGCGCUCUCAUCUUGCCAGCCUGGAUGAGUCGAAUGUUGCCCUCACGGCCAAAAUGCAGGAUAUUGACCAUGACCGAACCGAUGUCGCCGCCCAUUUGGAGCGCACUUUGGCCGAACGAAACAAUUCAAUAACCGAGCUGGAGGAGCGUCUGGUGGAAGUGUCUAAAGUACGCGAAGUGGAGAACCGUGUGGCACAGGAGACAAUUUCGGAUUUGGAGGGCAAAUAUAAGGCCAUGCAUGAUCAGUUGACAUCCGAGAUAAAGCUGCUCAAUGGCAAACUGAACUCCUUGGAUGAGUUUCGCAUACAACGCGACAUACUUCUGGCGAAGUUCGAUGAUCAGGAGGCCGAAACCAAGGAGAAGGAGAAAUACCACAAGGAGGCACUCUACAACAUGGAGCAGGCAGCCGUUGUCGAGAAGGAUGCUCUGAAAAAGGAGGUGGAGGCUAAGCUGCUACAGGUAUCCGAGGACUUUACGCGCUCCAGUGAGAUCCGCAAUGCCGGCUACACUCGACGGCUAAUAAGGGAGAACAUUGCCCUGCAAAAGGAGAUUGAUAUGCUGGUGAUGUCGCAGAUCAAGCUACAGCAGCAGUACAACAAUCAGAAGGAGAAGCACAAGGAAAUCAUGGUGCAAUACAGCGCUCUGGAUCAGAUUAAGAAUGAGCUCGUGCGCAACUCCAUUAACAAGAUCAAGAUCAUCGAAGGCCUGACCAAUAACUAUGAGGAAUUGAAGUGCAAAUAUGUUGAGGCGCUGCAAUAUCGUCGAGCCUAUGAGGAGCAACAGGAGGCGGAUAUGCUUGUGGAUGCCAAGAACAAGGAUGCCGUUGGUAAGGUGCGAUCCCUGUGUCGGCGCAUCGAGCAGAUUACGUUCGAGAAGCGUCACUUGGAGUCGAUACACGACCAACACGAAAUGGAGAUUGUCCGACUGCGCGGCAUCAUUCAGGAGAUCAAAGUGACUGUGCGAGAUGCCAUCAUAAGCCAACGGAGCAUCAAGCUCUUCCCGGAGAGACUCGAAGAGGCUAACGUCGAUGAACCCCACGUCAUUGAGGAAGUCAAAGAGGAAGCCGUGGCCAUGAAUAAAUUAUCGCGCAUCGAUUUGCUCUCCACGCUGAUGAACAUUGUUAGCUCGCACUCGGCUGAGCUGCCACGCACUCCGUCUGCGGAGUCCAUUGGCACCGUCACCUCAUCCUUAUAUACACCUGGUAAAAUGGGCUUCAUGCCGCACAAGCCGCGGCCAGCUGUCUGUGAUCUGUUCAAGACGGAGGUGCACGAUCAAUUGCCAGAUCUACAGGUAGCGCUCCCCGAAUGUCUGGUGAAGGGUCAAGUCAAGGGCAAGGAUGCGGACAAAAUCGUUGAUCGAGCAUCCAUAAUCGAUGUCGAAUUUGGCACCACCUUAUAUGUGUCAUCAUCGCGCGAAGAUGAUAACGUUGAGGUGGAGGAGGAACCGCUUGAGGAACCCGAAGGCUCCAGCACCUCAGUCUCUGUGAAGAAGUCCAGCAGCGAGGGUAGCGCUCCACCACCAGGUCCCACGCCAUUGACCAAACCCGAAAUAGAAGAAAUCGAGAGAGUGGCCGAUGUGAAGUCUCUGCAGAGCCAGUCAACUGGUGUCACCGGAACCACUGGCCUAAUUGGCGAAGCUGAGGAAAUUGAUGAGGAGGAUGAGUUUGAGAUAAAUUUGUUCUAUUAGUCCAUGCAUUGCUUGCAUCUGUAUGUUCUUUAAAUUAUUUCAUUAUUUGCCUAAAUGAUUUAAAUAAAUGAAAUGCCA